GGAGCUGCCAAGGCUCUGGAGGUGGCUGCUGAGGCACUUGUUUUAUAAAUCUUACUUGCUCACUUAUUACAUACUCGUUUGCUUACGUAUCCAUCAUCUAAUAACUGAGAAACACUGUAACAACAGCUACAAUUUGAACAAUGGUGCGAAUACAUUGUUUUUAAGGACGUCUUCACAGUAGAAACUUCCAAGCAACUUUAUAAAUAUCUAUUGAAAGAAUGCAAAAACUUCCCAAAGAAUCUCAGUCUUAUUAUCUCCACACUAUAAGACAGGGCUUUAAUCAACAUUCUGAUGAAACGGAUCCAGAACGAAUAUCUCAGAUCAUACAUCGGGCAGUGGAAGAUUCAAGGUGGAUUGUGAAGAAGUACUCCAAAGCCCAAGAGUAAACCAUUGGAGGAAGACUGUUGUUGCAGUAUCAGAUUAGCAUGGAGAAAAUUAUUGAAGAAUUACCUCUGGAAGCUUUGCCCGGUCAGUUUUGGGGUGCAGUAAGAAUCUACACAGAGAAGCCACAUAUCAUUAACCGUAGAAUAUGUGGAACUGUCAAUUUAUGGAUCGGUAUUUCCCAUGAAGUUUUCUCAAGACAGAAUGUAGUGAAAUCCCUUGAGGACAAAGUCUUCCUUCAUAAUUUUGUUGAUGAAGUGGAUAAAUGUAAGAGAACUCCAGCUAACAUUUACCAAGAUGAAAACCUCUCAGAGUGUGACAUCAAUAUUCAUGAUGCCAUAGAUGUGGAGACACCUUCCAGCAGUACCAAUAACAUACUUGAUCAAGAUAAAGACUUUGAACCUGAACUUAAGCAGAUAGAUGUGAUUAAGGAUGUUUUGUUUAAAGAAGGAUUUAGAAGUAUACAAGAAAAGAGUGAUUUAUGGUGUAACAAAAUUGUGUCUCAGGACAAAACUAAAGAAGUUGAUGAAGAUGAUAACUGUAAAGAGCAGAGUGAAGCCCAGUUGCCCAAAACUACUUUAGUAAAAAAUAGACAGUUGAAGAUACCUUGGCAGGACCUCUUGGAUGUCAACACAUUAAGGAUUGCUGUGAUCAGGAGAAUACUACCUAAAGUACUCAAGAAAUUUACUCCUCUUUUAGAAGUUGUCCUUAUGGAUGGAAAAGAGAUGUGUGUCAGUUACUUGGCUGCCACAAGCACCAUCACACCCAGUGUUAUCCCACGUGUCAACUACUCUUUCUUCUUUACCAAGACAGGAAUUAGUCUUUCAUAUUUUACAGAUAAAGAUGGCAGUUCACUUGAAGGAGAAACCAAUAUUGUGUGGGUGCAGAAGAAUGUCCUUCCCAAGUUGAUGAAGUGGACUGGUGAGGUAGAUGAAGAUGGGACUGUGGAGAAUAAAGGAUCCCUCAGACUUGUAGAUGUUCAAGAAUAUAACCAGUUAUAUCAGAAACUGAAGAUCAAAUAUGGACAGUCGUUGGUGAAGAUAUGGCCUGAAUCAACAGACCCUCAGAAAUAUGUGUUCGAGGAUAUUGCCAUCGCCACAUAUCUGAUUUUAGUAUGGGAACAGGAAAGAAAACAGAAAGGACUAAGUACACAUCAAACCUUUGUUGACUUAGGUUGUGGCAAUGGCCUACUUGUUCACAUCCUGUCAAGUGAAGGACAUCAAGGGCUUGGCAUAGACAUAAAAAAGCGUAACAUCUGGGAUAUGUUUCCCGAACACACAAAGUUGAAGGAAGGAGUCGUUGAACCAUCUGACAAGAAUCUUUUCCCUCAGUAUGAUUGGCUAAUUGGAAACCAUUCAGAUGAGCUAACCCCUUGGCUACCUGUCAUUGCUGCCAAGUCUAGAUACACAACUCGUUUUUUUGUCAUCCCAUGUUGUGCCCAUGACUUUGACUGCAGGUACCGAAGGAAAUGUGCAGGAAGAAGCCAGUACUCAGAUUAUCUGGAAUAUAUCAAAGAAAUUGGGACUGUUUGUGGCUUUGAAGUCUGGCAAGAUAAAUUAAGGAUUCCUUCCACUAAGAGAGUGUGUUUGAUUGGACAGGAAAGAACAUACAGUGCAUCACAGUCCCAUCAAACAUUUCAGAAGAUCGAUGAGUUUAUAAGAGAGAGAACUCACACUGGUAUGAAUAAUACAGAGAAUCAAAAAAAUGUUAAUAGCUGGGAGAGUCAUGGGCAUAAAAAAAGUGAACAUGAAAAUCAUACUGAUGCCUUGUGGUCAGAAAACUUUAAAGCUCGUGCAGCUGUACAGCCUGUGCGAAACUGUACACAGUUAGAGCAUGGUGUCAGGGAAGAUCUAGUAUCGACAGUGGCAAAAAUGCUCAUGGAAAAGAAACACAUAAUUCAGGUUGAGGUAAGCAAGACUGCCUUUGUAAAUUGGGACCGUGGUGGUAGGAUGACGCUGAGUGACAUAGCUAAACGUAUGGAAUCAAACCAACUGUCGGCAUUAAAGAAAGAGUGUGGAGGACUACAAACACUGCUCAGGAACCACAAGCACAUAUUCAACAUUUUACAACGGGAAGUCAGUCUUCAAGUUCCAGUGCCAGAAUGGAAAGCGACAGUACCCAAAACUCGGAUUAAAACAAAACAUUGUUGGUUUCACAUCAACCAUGUCAAGGGAUGUCCACUGCCUUCUCAAACAUGUAUAUAUGCUCAUGGUGAUGAAGAUUUAAAAAAGUCUUAGGCAGUCCUGCUUGUAUAUAAUUUUACUACUGUUGUUUUGUAUAGUGAUAAUGUAUUAAUUAAACAAUCUUACUUGUUAACUGAA